UUCGUUUUGUUUUAUUACUCGGUUAAGAACAAGCUCGACCAGUGGUUGUGAGCUGAGUGGUGGGUCGAUUGAAAAUUGUUGAUGUGCAUAGAUUCACUAUAUAACUAAAUUAUUAGUUAUAAACAUGGCAGAACACGAAUGUUUGAUUUCUUGUUAAUUAUGUGAUCGUGAAUGUGAGAUCAGUCAAUGGAUGCAUUCAGUUGGUAUGCUGCUGAAACGAAUCAUCCCAGCAAGAACUGUAUGAACAAGGCGGUGCCGCUUUGCAGCUUGACCAAUUUACAACUGAGAUUUCUCUGUCCAACAGAUUUGCCAGAGGUGAGAGCGCUUUGCCAAGAUUGGUUCCCAAUAGACUACCCAUACACUUGGUAUGAGGACAUUACCUCCAACCCUCGUUUCUACUCGCUGGCAGCCGUCUAUGAGGGCAUCAUCAUCGGGCUCAUCGUGGCAGAGAUCAAGUCAUACUUCAAGCUCAACAGGGAGGACAAGGAUAUCUUGGCAGCAUCGUUUGGCAAGUCAUGCUGCGUCGGAUACAUCCUGAGUUUGGGUGUCAGCGAGAAACAUCGGCGCAAUGGCAUUGCUUCGUUGUUGCUGGAGAAUCUCGUCAGUCACCUCACAGCACCUGAAAACUCCCACUGCAAAGCCAUCUUCCUGCACGUGCUCACCGUCAACUCCGUGGCGAUACACUUCUACGAGCACCGCCACUUCCGAUUACAUUCCUUUUUGCCAUACUACUACUCUAUAAACGGAAAGAGCAAAGAUGGCUUUACGUACGUCCUUUACAUCAACGGAGGUCACUCUCCAUGGGGAGUUUACGACUAUGUCAAAUAUGGCUGCGGACUGCUGUACCAGCUGGACCUCUGUGCAUGGGUGACUGCGCGGUUGCGCGGCGCACUGGCAUGGCUUUGGCCCGGAAUGCGCCGUAUCGUCGUCGAAAACACCACUGCGCUUAUCACACACUAACGUCCCAUACCGUAACACUACCGCUGAUUAAUAUAUUCUCUAUAUAGUUUUAUAUGUAUAGUAUUAUUUUUUACCCAUUAUAUAUUUUAUACUGUAAAUGUUUAUUUUUUAUAGUUGAUAUUAUUUAUUUUCUUUAGUGUUUAACACAUGCUCAAUCCUAUACCGGUCUCUUUGUUCGUAGUAGUUUUACCAGAAGUGGACAGACAAAUGGUUGUAUUAUUUAUUACCGAGGAAUUAUAAGGUGACUAUAUAUGUGGAAAUUUUGUCACAUUUGAAAUUAUAUUACAGACAUGUUAAGUCUAUGAUCUACGUGUAUUUAAUAUAUUGCUGGUUACUUAUAUUUUGUGAACUAAUAUUAGCCUCAAAGUGUACUUUUUUUGCAACAGUUUGUUAAGAAAUAAAUAAUUUUAUAAAAAUAAUAUA